GACACGAUUCGCCCCGGGGAAGAAUACCUAGGCCCCAGGUCUCCGUGUCGGGUCACCGCAACCCAAAGGCCGCACCUUUCGCCUCUCCGGCGCUAGGGUUUCGCUUCCCCGCAAUUCGAUCCGCGAGAGCACGAGGUGAUUUUUCUUUGGAGCUGUGACGUGGGAGAUGCCGCCGAAGUCUAGGAGAGGCGGCGCCGCGGCGGCGAGGAAGGCGCCGGCGACGAGGGGCCGGGUGGGGAGGGCGCAGGCUUCUGCGGAGGAGGCGCCGCCGGCGGAGGAGGCGCCCGCCGAGGAGGUGAAGAUCGCGGAGGAGGCCCCGAGGGUGGUCGAGGAACCGAAGCGGCAGCUCUCGCCGCCGCCGUCGCAACAGCAGGCGGUGGAGGAGAAAGGCUCCGAUGCCACAGCUAAUGGUGCCAACCACGCGGAAGAAGAGGGAGGUGCGAAAGAAACAUAUGAAGAAGAGGACAAAGGCGAACGACUGGAGUUCGAGGACGAACCAGAAUAUGAAGAGGAGGCUGCUGUAGACUAUGAUGAGAAAGAUUUGGAGCAAUAUGAAGAGCAAUAUGAGGAUGGUGAUGAAGAGGUGGAGUAUACUGAAGACGUGGUUGAAGUGGAGACUGAUAUGGUGGAUGAGGAACUUGAUGAAGGUGGUGAUGAUGGGGAGGGGGAAGGAUAUGAAAAUGCUGAUGAAGAACAUCAUGUGGACGUGGAUGAUGAAGAGCAUAAUGAAAUGGUCAAAGAGCACCGCAAGCGGAAGGAGUUUGAAGUUUUUGUUGGUGGGCUAGAUAAAGAUGCUACAGAAAAUGACCUUAGGAAGGUUUUUGGUGAAGUUGGUGAGAUCACUGAAGUUCGUCUGAUGAUGAACCCUGUCACAAAGAAGAACAAAGGCUUUGCCUUCCUGCGAUAUGCAACUGUGGAAAACAUGGACAAAAGAACAUUUGAAGGACAAACUGAAGAGUUAUGGAGUUGAGAAUUUUGAUGAUUUACUAUUGGUUGAGGAUACCAAUAAUCCAGGAAUGAAUCGUGGCUAUGCUUUGCUUGAGUUUUCCACUCGACCUGAAGCAAUGGAUGCUUUCAGGAUUUUGCAGAAGAGGGAUGUAGUCUUUGGAGUUGAUCGAAGUGCAAAGGUUUCCUUUGCUGAUUCUUACCCUCAAGUUGAUGAUGAAAUAAUGGCACAGGUCCGAACUGUAUUUAUUGACGGCCUUCCUCCCUCAUGGGAUGAAGACCGUGUUAAGAAAUAUCUCAAAAGGUAUGGAGCUAUUGAGAAAGUGGAGCUUGCUCGAAACAUGCCAGCUGCCAAGAGAAAGGAUUUUGGGUUUGUUACCUUUGAUACUCAUGAUAAUGCUGUUGCAUGUGCUGAAGGGAUAAGUAAUUCUGAGAUUGGGGAAGGCGAUCACAAGGCAAAAGUAAGAGCUAGAUUGUCGCGGCCACUACAACGACCUCCUAGAAUGAAGCAUGGAUUAAGAGGAAAUUUUAGAGUUGGACAUGCUGCUUCCCGAGGUGGCCGUUUACCGUAUGCUCGACCUCCUCCACCUCGCAGGCCUCCGCCACGUCUUGUUCGCCCUGCUGUCAGCCGCUUACCGCCCAUCAGGAGCCAUCCGUUGAAGAGGCCCGUUGACAUUAGAGAUAGGCGGCCUGUUAUGUCAAUGCCAGAUAGAGCUAGGCGUUUGCCCCCUCCAGAGAGAUCUUAUGACAGGAGGCCCCCAGCUCCAGUUUACCCAAAGAAAAGUCCAAGGAGAGAAUACGGGAGACGUGAUGAACUUCCUCCUCCAAGGAGCAGAGCUGCACUUGACUAUAGUCCAAGAGUUCCAGUUGACAGACGUCCCUCUUUCAGGGAUGAUUAUUCACCCCGUGGAUCAGGUUAUUCAGACCUAGGUCCACGUAGUGCUCCCCGUCUUUCUGAAAGGCGAGCAUAUCCUGAUGAUAGUUAUGGAGGGAAGUUUGACAGGCCUUUACCGGCCUAUAGGGAGAGUCGGGGCCGUGAUUAUGAUACCAUUUCUGGAUCAAAGCGUCCAUAUGCCGAUAUGGAUGAUGCGCCUCGGUAUCAAGACAUCAGUGUUCGUCAGUCCAAGGCACGUUUAGACUAUGAUGUUGGUGGCAGCAGUGCUCGGUAUGGAGAUACAUAUAGUGAGAGGCCUGGACGAUCACAUGUGGGAUAUAGUGGCAGCCGAUCAAUUUCUGGUCAUGAUUCAGCCUAUGGCAGCAGCCGUCAUGGCAUGGGCUAUGGAGGUUCUGCUAGCGGUGGUGAUGCUGGUGGAAUGUACUCAUCAAGUUACAGUGGUAGCUACACAUCUCGUGGAUCUGAUGUUGGUGGGAGUUCAUAUUCAUCACUUUACUCGGGCCGUAAUUUGGGUAGCAGCAGUGGUGGCUACUAUGGGGGUAGCGGUUCCAGUUCAUAUUACUAAGAUUUGGCAUCGUAGGAGUUGGUGUAGGCCUGCAUUUUAUGGAGCUUCUGAAUUUGAGGCUUACAGAUCUGAAAAGAAGUGCCAAGUACUCAAGUGCGGGCAAUGUUUUCAAAUACGACAUGUUCAAAGAAGCCAGAGACAUCAAGUUGGUUGAAGCAGUAGUCCGGAGGAUGUUCUGGCUUGUUUAUGUAAUGUAAGGAUUUGCUUUAUUUGGUCAAGAGUUAUGAACAUAAGGGCCAGCUAUGGUAUUUUAUAAGUGUUUCGACAUAUUUACUUCCAGUGUUUCUAUAACCUUAUUGAGACAGAUAUGGAGUGUACUUUGAGGUAGUUUCUGCAAUUCAAGGUUUUUGGAGAUUCCAUCUUGUGAUGUGCUGGCCAAAGAUCAGCUUACAAAUGAAGCUUUACAAGCAGUGCUUGUUGUAAGGCUGCUAGUUUCUGAAAACCUCCUCUUCUUAGCAUGCUUCACCUGUUCUCUAGAGGAUCAAUAUUUGGACAGAAUGUUGAUUGGUCAGACCUAAAUUCUGGACCCAUUCCAUGUUGGAUUCCAUGGUUUUAUUGGUUGCCAAAACUUGAGAGAAACCGCUUGUGUGGCUGAUGCAUUUCUUUCACCAAGCAGUUGCUUUGGCUUCCCCAAAGUUUAAGAUAACAGAAUUUGCAGCAAAAGGACAUUUGAAAUUUGAGUAUAGCCCUGUGAUGCUUUUGACUAUAUAGAACACAUUACACAAGGCACCAGGUAAAAAAACAAGCAGUGCAAUACUGACCAGCCUGGUUUGAUCACCCACCAUCCGUGAAAUUUCUUUGAACUGCUAUAUGGAGCAUGAGUUAAUAACCAUUUUGAGCUUAGUGGGACAUUGGAUGAUUGCAAGCUUCAAGAAUCUUGCUGGAGGCAUAACACACUAACUGAUCAAGUUACAGAAAAAGUUUGGUUUAUCUGACACCAUUAAUUUCUAUGACAUACUUUUUUACCAUGGUCUACGGCAUAGCAUUUAGUCUGUCCCUCAGUCUCGGAACACUCAGGGCUUGUUGCUUCAGACCCUGGAAAAGCUGCUUGGUUCAGUCAGCCAAUCCAGGCACGCGAUUUCAUGAGCCUUCGGCUCUCUGUGCUGCCUGGAGGAGGUUGCCUGGCCCAGGGUCAGAACCAAACAAGCUGGGCUUUCAGCCCAUAAUAUGGGGGAUGGGGGAUAUAUUUGAUAGGUUAAAUUUCUGAUACUUACAUAAUUGUUUUGCAUAGAUUGUUUCUAUCAAAAGAUGUGUUGCUGUGCUAAGAGUCUACUUUAUAAGUUAACCAAGGUAUGCUGUGUUUCAACAGUAACUAGUGCUUGAAAGAUACGGAUACCAGCUAACUGCAGAGAGCUUAAACCUAAGCAAACUUAUACCAGCUGGUUCUAUCCUUUUGUCAUAACAAGAAAAUCACAUGCACCAACUUAGUUUAUUUUAUCGAUUGAACUAGUUUCAAUAACAUUAUUGGAUCCUGAGGUCGAGACAUUUUUGGCCUUGAACUGGUUUUUGGAAAUUACAUUUUUCCCGUGGUGGCGCUGGGUUGGAAGAUACGCCUGUAUUUAGUUUAAUUGAAGAGGCAGCUCUGAGAUGGCUAUUUCAGUAUUCAGGAACAGCCAUUUUGUGUGCUUAUUGAUGGUACUUGCCGAUUAUUGUUGUUGCUCAUGUUAAGUAAUUGCUGGAAUAGGAUUUAAUAAAGGAAAUUGGUUAUGGUGCUAUGAGAUAGCAAAACUAUGUUUGAUUGCCAAUAGUGCAUGGAAGGAAUAAUUAAAUCAGCCACAUGCAAUGGCAUCACUGAAUUUGGAUACAGGGGAGCAGUACGUGGGAAUCAGCACCUUGUGACUGGUUGAUUUGGUGCCCUUUUGAAAAACAAGGGUUAGAUGGAGAUUGUUUUUUAUUUACGGGGCAAGGAUGAGGGAUCUGAAAUCAGGAUGUGAAGGAAAUAUUUUUCUUGAAAAUAGUAAGCACAAGAUACAUUCAAGUUCUGAACUGAAGGGUCUUGAAUAUUUCUCCUCAAUUGUUCGAGCAAACACAAAGAGAACAUUGCUUAGUCUUAACUAUUUAAUUAUGCACUCAACAUUAAGAUGCUCUGAAGUCAGAACAAGCUGCCAAAUAUAUCAUUAUCUGUUCCAGAAUUGUUAGCCUGCGCCAUUGGCAACCAAUCUGACCAUUUGAGUGCCUGAGCACAAUUCCAUUGCUUUUGUCCAGUUGGUUCUCAUAUUUGUAGUGAUGUUAUUAUCAGAGAAGUUGAUGCUUAUUGUUUUCUCUGUCUUGCCUGGCAUGCUAACAUUCGGUCUCUUAAACUUGGCAUGGUAGUUUUGAUGUUGUUCCUUGGUUUUCAUGCUAACCUGGCUUAAAGUAUCCUGUUUUUUGAGUGUUUCGAGAACUGUAGCCAGCAGCAUUCUUUCCUCCAGACAAGCAUUGAGCUUCAAACAGGUAAUGCGAUUUUUUUGUUGUUGUUGUUGGAUGGCUAUCUAAUGCUGCUGCCAGAUUUGUGUUUCUUAAAUUAUCCUGUUUCUUUGAGCGCUUUGAGAAUUGUAGCCAGAAGCAUUCUUCCCUGAAGACAAGCAUUUGAGCUUCGAACAGGUUAUGUUAUUUUUGUGUUGGAUGGCAGUCUUAUGCUGCCAGGUUGGUUUGUUAAACCGCUUGAUAUGAUAGCUUUGUUGUAUUGCCUUCAUGUUCCUGAUUUGAGCUUGUGUAAGAACACUCGUAACACUGGAACGGACUAAAUGUACAAAACAUUAUUUGCUUGUAAGAAAGAUCGUACGGAGAUACACUGA